GCGAAGCAGAGUUUAAGUUCAGUUGGGACUAAGGUUCUGUAUAUAAACACUGUGAUGACUUAAUAGAAGUGUUUGUUAUAGAUUCUUAAUUCACUUUAGGAUAUGAUAUAUGUAAAUAUGUCAUAACAUAAAAAUAUAUGUAAAGGUAAACUUUUAGUAUUUGCACAGUUUAGUGUUUCAAACUAAAAGUGUUUUUGUCAGAAUCAACACCUUUAUGGUUCUUUGACUGGUAGGAUAAAUACUGUGUUUAAUGUUUAGAUUAGAUUUGUAGUUGCAAACAAGUAAUUUAAUUACUUGUACUUACUUACUAACACUAGUAAAUAAUGUCUUUCCUGGUAGUGUUGAAAUACUUCAAAAUUAAAAGGAGGACCAUGAUCAACUCUACACGAUCUUCACAUUUCACACUCUCUGCCUACUUUAACACUGGGCUUGUCCAGUCCUUAUAUUUCAUGAUUGUUGUUUUUUUGUAUGUUUUCAUUGUGGGUGCCAACAUGUUGCUCAUUGUGGUUAUUUGUAUGAACAGAAGUUUACAUGAACCCAUGUACAUGUUUCUGUGCAGCCUCUUUGUGAAUGAGCUGUUUGGCAGCUCUGGGCUGUUUCCUUUCCUUCUGCUUCAGAUUCUCUCUGACGUUCACACUGUUUCUGUUCCCUUUUGUUUAGUGCAGGUUUUCUGUUUGUACACGUAUGGAAGUGUGGAAUUCACUAACUUGGCCAUCAUGUCUUAUGACCGAUACCUGGCUAUCUGUCAUCCUCUACAAUACAACACGUGUAUGACCUCUAGUAAGGUCACCUUGCUCAUAGCUGUUAUCUGGUUGCCUCCUGUUCUAGCGGUUCUUGUUUCAGUAUGUCUGACUGCCUCUUUACAGCUGUGUGGGAGCAUCAUAAAUCAGGUUUAUUGUGAUAACUACUCAAUCAUAAAACUUUCAUGUUCUGACACCACAGUAAAUAACAUCUAUGAACUUGUUGCUGCUUAUGUCACAUUCUGUAUUCCAAGCUCUGUUAUCUUUUACACUUACAUGAGGAUUCUCAACGUGUGUUUUUCUGGAUCCAAACAGACCCGGCAGAAAGCGGUCAGUACCUGCACACCUCAUCUGGCUUCUCUGCUCAACUUCUUUUUUAGUUAUUUUUUUCAUGUAUUACAGAGCAGAUUUAAUAUGAGCAGUGUACCGAAUAUGUUGCGAAUAUUCUUGUCAUUAUAUUUCUUCACAUGCCAGCCGCUCUUCAACCCUGUAAUGUAUGGCCUGAACAUGAGCAAAAUACGCAUCACAAGUAAAAGUCUCUUCAAAUUAUGAAAUGUACAAUAUUU